GAAAAAGUAGUCGCGGUACUAAGUAACAAGGGCGGUGGCGGUGUUUAGUAACACCAAUCGGUCACAAAAAUAUUCUCAUCGUGGAACCCGUGCUAAAACCCACUCAACAAUCAAAUGUCGCUCUCUUCCCACAUACUCCGGCGACGGCCUACCAAACUCGCCGUCACCCGCCACUUCUCCACCAACGUCAUAUCGGAAUCUCCAUCAUCCCGUCGUAACCACCACGAAUUUCUUCCCCCGAGCUCCUACAUAAACUCUUGGAAACCUCCGCGUAACCCUAAGGAGGCCGCCGCGCAGCUGGCCUUUCUCCGCCGCGAUUACGACCGGAAGUUCAAGCAAAUCCGGAAGGAGUACAUUCAGGAAAUGGAAUUGCAGAGGAUCGAGAUACUGCGAAGGGACGCGGCGAGAAAAGAAGCCCUGAGGAUAGCUAACGAGGAGAGGAAGGCCGCCAAAGCCGCUAAGAAGAAGGCGGAGGCUAUCGAGAGGCAGGCUGCUGAGGAAGAGUUCCGCGAGAUGCUGAUGAAAGAAAGAGCUGAAGAACUCGAGUAUUGGAGGAUGAGAGAGAAAACAGUUGAGGAAAAGAAGAAAGAGAGGAGUGAGCUUUUGCAUAGAAAGAGUUCGUUGUGGGUCGAUGAGUCCGAGCUGGAGAAAAAGAUAUUUGAGGCUAUGGUUGAUGAUAUCCCGCUUAGGCGUGACCAAAACCGUUGGGCCCUAACUGUCUUUGUGAAUGGGUAUCGGUUUCAACCACCUGAUAUUGUUGAACGGGAAUUCAACGCCAUUGGCCAGACAAUGCAACUUCUUGUUGCUUUCGCUCAUAAGCAAAUGCUCAAGCUCGCAAUGCAAGUGGUUAUUCCUCUUCCACAAUCUUCAAAAACCCAAAUUGCAAAUCAAAUUGUUGGAGGAUGUCUUCAUUUAGAAUUUGUGAAGUCUUUAAGAUUUUCAAAGUCCUCGUGUAUUAUAGACUUAGGUAUUGUUUUGAAAUUUUAG